AUGGUUUUAGUUCAAGACUUGUUGCACCCUAACGCCGCCUCCGAGGCCCAAAAACACAAAUUGAAGACAUUGGUGCAGGCGCCCAGAUCGUACUUCAUGGACGUCAAAUGUCCCGGAUGUUUGAACAUCACCACCGUUUUCUCCCACGCUCAAACCGCCGUUGCCUGUGAUGGAUGUGCCACUGUGUUGUGUUCUCCAACCGGUGGUAAGGCCAAGUUGACCGAGGGUUGCAGCUUCAGAAGAAAGUAG